AACCUUGCUUUUUUCACCAUUGAAUUUCAUUUUGUUAGUUAGUGCCCAGUGUUCAAGUCUGUCCAGAUCCUUCUGUAUCUUAAGCCUGUCUUCUGGAGUAUUCUUAAAUUCUGGACUUUUUGCCCAAGUUCCUAAAGAAUGCCCCAUAUCUUUAGACCUCUAAAGCUCAAUAUUGCUUAUUCUGACUUGAGUUGUUUUCCAAGUCUUUCUACAGUUCUUGAAAUUGUUCUGAAACAUGUAGAUUUUCUAUAGAAUUAAGAGUUACUACUCACUUUCAAAAACUAAUGGACAUUGUUACUGUAUAUCUGCUUUUCUGCUUUCUAUACAAUGGGCAAAGCAAACACAUCGUAAAACAAUAGAGAAGACAACAGGAUUUCUGCAACAGCUGCCGAACUACUUUUCCAGGAAACAGAUUUAACAAGAGUCAAUUAACUUUAUAGAUUAUAAAUACAUCAUAUGGCUAUUCUUUUUUUAAAAAAAUGCUUCUGUCAAGAUAGUCACUGAUCUAAAUCAUAUUUUUUUCAGCAUAGCUCAAAUGGUGCACCAGAUAAGGUAAAGCUUUAUUUUAAUAUUGCAGAUUAGAACCAUUUUCAUAAAACUGGUCAGAGAAAAAGCUGUGGUGAAAUUGUUGUGGCACUUAUCUGAUCCAAUUCUGAGGAUUAAGAACAUACUGUCAUCAUGUUGUUCUUGACAUAUUUGAGUGGUAUAUUAAGCUUGUCAGUAAAUAAAACCUGGAAAGACCUUUGUUUGCAUUACAACAGUGAAAGCAAUUCUUUUGUGCUAAUGCCAUUAAGGGAAGAGACAAUUUAGUAUAGUCUGAAAUCCUAACAAUAAAUAUUAACAUCGGAAUUACUUACAUCUUGCAAUCAGGCAAUUUCCUUUAUUCAGCUGGGGAUCUAUUGGAACUAUAUGCUGCAUCUCAUUUUACAUAUGUUCUGUAAAUGCAAAAUUGUUAUGUUCUCAGAAUAUGUGGCUUGAGAAGAUUGCUGUGGUUCAACUCUACUUAAUGGGACCUGUGUACUACAUGUAGUUUUCUUUGAUCUGGGGCAUCUAAUGUAACAAUUUAUAUUUUAAACUAAGCAGCACAACAUAGUUGUCAAGCUAAGAGUAUCAUUAAGAUCAUUGUUAUUUUCAGCAACUUUGUAAACAAAUCUUCAAAGAAGGCCUGCUUGCAAAGAAGGAGCAAAUAUCUGAAAUUCUGUGUUUGAUACAGAGAACUAGCAGAUCACCUGAUUUUUUGAAAGGGUAUAGAGUUAGGAUGGAGACUCCUUAUAUUCUUCUGCCAGCCUACCUUGUUCCCUAUUGGCUGUCUCUCUAGUAUGUAAACAUACCUAUACAUUUGCUGCCUCAUUUUCUGGUGCUCUAGUCCUAUAGUUGGAGAUGAUCCUUAUACUUGGGACAAUUCCUUCUACAGUGAAUCCACACUGUAUAAAUGCUCUGGACCUCAUCAUUAAGGAAAAAAGAGAACACAUUGCAGAUAUGAACAAAAAUCAUAUUUGGGGAAAUAUAUUACCACUUCAUUCAAAGCUUAUAAAACUCUGGCUGAAAAAGGCUUUGCAAUACUGGAAGACAGUAUUGCAUACAUGCUUUGUAAUACUGGGAGAUUGCAACUAUUUUAAGAUACUGGAGUUCAACUGCUAGAAUUCCUCAGCUUCCAGUUGAAGUUCAUGCAUUCUAAAGUUGGUGAGAUUGAGUAAUCCUAAUUGAAAAGAAGGACUUCCAAUGCAAUGUAGUUGGAUAUAUUUGAAUUUACUUUAAUUUACUUUAACAAAGGAAAUUUGUUAAAGUAAAACUUUAAGUUUAACUUAAACUUUGUUACAUAAACAAAGUCCUCCUUCCACUUCUGAGAAUGCAAAUUAAUCACUGCAAAUGUAUCUGCCCAUUAAUUUAAUAACGUUUCAAUCAUAGCUGGAUUGAAACAAAGGGAUUGAUGGUUAAGAGCAAGAGUCAGGGUUGAGAUUAUUUCUGUUUGUCCAUGUUUUCUCCUUAUUGGACCUUUGGCUACUCCCUUCCUCAUGUCCCAUAAAACUUUGUGGAAACUGCAUUGAUAAUGAUGCUGGAAUGCUUAUUUUAAAGUACUGUGAUUGAUUUUGUUUGUUUGUUUGAAGGAAAAAAACACUAUUUUAUUAAUAAAUAUUAUUUGUGGUUCUUGUUGAUAUGAAUGUAUAUGAAUGCUGUUUCUGUUUAUAGUUUGUUUUAUUGUUUUUUCAUCUAUAUGAAGUAGGAAACAGCAUACCAUGAAUACUCAGAUAUACUUGCUAAUGCUAGCAUCAACUUUUCAGUUUUAGGGAGUAUUUUUCAUUAUACGUAGAGAAAUAUGAUAAUAAAUUUGGAACUACUUACAUGUGCUAUAGCUUGGUGUUUCCUCACCUUACCACUUUAAGAUGUAUGGACAUCAAUACCCAGAAUUCCUCAGUCUGCAUGCUGGCUGAGGAAUUCUGGGAAUUGUAGUCCACGCAUCUUGAAGUUGAUAAAGUUGAAAAACACUGAGCUGUUCUAUAGUAUUAACUUUGGAUGCAACAGUUCUGACCCAUCUGCUUUGUUUCAAGUGUUAUUAUCAAAUCUGCUCUUUUUAUUCUUCCCUCUUUCUUUCAAAAAGUCCAUCAACUUUCAAAAUAUACACAGUGGCACAGUUUUUUAAUCAUUGUUUACCAGUGCAAGUUUGCUAGUUAAAUUAUUGCUAAGUAUUAGUCAAACAUUUAGCACAAUUUAAAACUGCAAUGUUAAAUUUCAUUUGUUGGCCUUUUUAUUAGAUAAGCUAGAAAUGAAAGCAGCAGGGAAUUUAAUUGGCAGUAUUUUUUUCUGGUUAAGUCAUUACUUUGAUGAACUUCAGAGCAAUGUUUAUGGCUCCUAAUUAACAAUGAUAGCCAUUUGAUUGAAUAAUCACUUUGGAAAUGUUUCUAAAAUUUGAUUAGAGCUUGACCCAUUCUGAUAGUCAUAAAUUAACCAACAGCACUUUUAGAAUCAUAAGGCUUUAGAUCUUUGGAAAAAAAAACAUCAAAACAGGAGAGUCUUCUUUUCAAAUCUUAGGGUAGUGUUUAAUCAUAUGACUAUGUUAAAUGCAAAGUGAUGGAUAGCAUGAAGACUGCUAACCUGUCAAUUGCAAUAUUAAAAAUUGAAACAUUUGGACUACAGGUUCCAUCAUCAAUAAUCAGAUUGCUCGUUGCCCAUGCAGGUAGUUCUCAACAUGAUCACAACUGGGAUCUGAACUUCUGUCAGUAAAUGAGACAGUCAUGCUCUGCUUUGUGACCAUUUUGACACUGUCAUUAAGUGAAUUUGGCUUUCCCAUUGACUUUGGUAUUGGAAGCUGUAUAGGAAGAUUGCAAAUGGAGAUGAUGUCACUCUGGGAUGCUGUUGUAAAUACACCCCAGUGGUCAUUUUGAAUCACAUGAUUGUGGAAAUGCUGCAAUGGUAGUAAGUAUAAAAAAUGGUCAUAGCUCACUUUUUUCAAUUCCAUCACAAUUUCAAAUGAUUACUAAAGGAAUUAUCAUAAGUUGAGGACCACCUGUACAGACUAUGCUUUCAAAAAGAAGACAUUAAAAAGGGGAGGAGAAUGGAGAUGUACCCUGUGCAUUUAGAUACUUUUUUAUAUCAAAGGUAUUGCUAAAGAUGUGCAGAUAUGAUCAAGAACUCUACAUAUUAUAUGUUCUUGGUGCCUUACAAAGCCUUCACACUACAGAGUUUUAACACAUGGUAAUUUCCAUUCAAGAAAUAAAUGGAUCGAAGACAGAAACUGUGAUUAGAGCUUCUAUGAACUCUUGAUUCAGUGAUACAUAGUACAAUUUAUUCUAUAAGUUUUUUUAAAAUCUCAGUAUGAUUAUUCUGCCCCUUCCUUUCUUUUUUCUUGGCCAUACUGUGAUGCUUAACACCCUUCUGGUAAAAAUAGGGAUUACAUACCAGGAUAUGGAAUCAGGAUCUGACUUGACAAAUAGAGGUGGGGAAGGCACUCUGGUGCUUUAACACUUCUCUCCAUUAUCCUGCUUACAUACAGUAUUUUAUAAUUCAACUAAUCUUGUGCUACAUGCAAAGCUACAAAUUCUUGAGUAAUAUGAGAUCAUAGCAAGAGCAAAUAUUCUAUAUUAUGCUGUUAAUGUUGAUAUGAAGUUACAUGUUCCAUUCUUCUAGUAGUAUCUACUAUUAGUUUGAAGUUUGAGGUGGGAAACACAACCCCAAAAGCUAUCAUAACACAGAAGUGCCUAGUUGCCAUUCCAUUUACAUGAGGCAAGAAGGCUUCCUUACUCACCCAAACAGAACAGAAGGUUGUAUGUAUGAAAAAGGACCAAGACAAUUUUAUGAUGACACUUGUGUUGUUCCAGAGAAAUUUGAUGGUGAUAUCAAGCAGGAGCCAGGAAUGUAUCGCGAAGGACCAACAUACCAGCGCCGUGGUUCCCUUCAGCUCUGGCAGUUUUUGGUAGCUCUUCUCGAUGAUCCAUCAAACUCUCAUUUCAUUGCUUGGACUGGCCGAGGUAUGGAGUUCAAGCUGAUUGAACCAGAAGAGGUGGCACGUCGCUGGGGGAUUCAAAAAAACAGGCCAGCCAUGAACUAUGAUAAACUUAGCCGUUCACUUCGCUAUUAUUAUGAAAAGGGAAUCAUGCAAAAGGUUGCUGGAGAGAGAUACGUGUACAAGUUUGUUUGUGACCCUGAAGCCCUCUUCUCCAUGGCCUUUCCGGAUAACCAGCGUCCCUUGCUGAAAACUGACGUCGAACGUCAUAUCAAUGAAGAGGACACUGUCCCUCUGUCCCACUUUGAUGAGAGUAUGGUCUAUAUGCAAGAAGGAGGCUGCUGUAAUACCCACCCUUAUAAUGAAGGCUAUGUAUAUUAAUUGGAGUGACAGUAAUGAAGCCCCUUUUUCAUCCUAAGCUUUUCUUCUUUAAUGAGACCAAGACAAAAGCUGAAUUCCCUUCAGUUGGUUUUAUAAGAAUAAGAAUUAAAAACUGUAAAAGAAUAAAAUAGUACUAUAAAGGGGUUUCUUCUGUUGUAUUACUCCUGUAGUCUGACAUGGACAGUGCACUUUAUUUGAAAAGGGAAGUUUAGAAUCUAAUUGUUUAUUCUUUGCAACAAGAUGACAAGGGUGGACAAUACAGGUUUUAAGUACAACAAAGCUGUAUUAUGUCCAAGUUUGAUUCUGUUUCUUACUUGGUUAAAAAUAAUGUACAUGUUCUCUAAGUACCUAUAGUACAGUUAAUUCUAGACAUGACCAAUAACCAUUUAUACGCUAUUUGGAGAAUUAUCUGUCAUGGACACUCUCCCCUCUUUCCCAUUUUCACUACAGUCUAGACAUUUUUCCUAUCUUUUUUUAAUUGUUAGACAUUAUUUACCCCUUACAAAGAUUGAGCUUUGCACAUCCAGAAUAUGUGCUCUAUGAGCUAAGGACCAAUAAUAGAUGCUGGAUUUGAAAAGAACUAGAAUUAGAUUUUUAAUUUUGUUCCUUAAAAGACAGGGUCUACUUUUAUUUUAUUCCUUUAAAAUAUAUCUAUGUAUCUUAGACACUGCCUUGAUUCUGUACACAAGGAAAGCAUUCAUUCUGGUCUGAAAAACACAGUUCCUGGUUUGUGCUUAUAAUUGCAAGGCUGUAGCUUAGCUCCUGUUAUCUAGUGCCAUCUUGUUAUGCAAAUACAACAACAUUUAGUCAUUUUCAACUUUUCAAUGUCCACCUGAGUGUAGUAAUUAUUUAUAUUGAACCAUUCUGCAUAUUCUUUUAACUUUAUGUACAGGACUGUGAUCACAAAGGGCGAGACAGAAUGCUGUCCUUCCACCUUCUUUGAUCCAUAAAUAGGUUAUUUAAUCAAUAAGAAUUAACUGUACUAGUUCUCAAUAUCUCAUUAUGCUAGUUCAAUCCUUCAGAAAAAUAUCCAAUACACAAAUAGUACUUUAGUAAUUUUUAGACACAAUAUCCAAUAAUGUGCAUUUAAGCCUUUAUACUGCUGUGUUAUGUUGAUAAGCAUAUAUACAUACUAGCUAACGCUAUCGCUUCUGCUGCUGUCUUUAUUCCUGUAAUAUUCUCUUUGCUGAAUUUACUAUGCUCUUUAUAAGAAAUUAUGUAACUACAGGUAGCAUUCAGGAAAAAAUAGAAGACUUGAAACAUUUACUGCUUAGAAAAAUAGCUUAUGCCAUAGCUGUGCUAUAAACAGCUUUUAUGUGCAUUGAUACAUGGAUAGGACUCUCCAGCUUGCUAAAGAGGAGCUCAGCUGAAUCUUUUAUAAUGUUCCAUGGAGCAGAGACCUAUACAUAAUAUCAAAAAUACAGUUAUUUUCUUUUUCUUUGUUUGUUUGGCUGUAUAAUGUAGUGCUGGCACUGAUGCUUAACAAUUUUGUUAGGGAUGCUAAUUGUAAAUGUGAUCAGGUACUUUUGGGAAACCCUUCAAAAAUUAUUUUAAUUUUGGGGAAAGUCAACAUUGGAAAGAAGACAAAUAUCUUAUUCUUGAGAUCAAAUUAAAUGAAUAAUAUUUAAGAAGACCUUAUCUUCAAUGUUAACUUUUUGCAUUGGAGCAAAAAAAAUAGAUAGCACGUUUGAAGUUUGGAGAGUGUUUUUUCAAACACUUCUCUUCCAGAACAUCCAUCCCAAUAAUCAUAUACAUGCUUUGCCCAGAAAUCAUCAACUCUGAAAUAGAGAAAGGAUGGAUAGGAGUCCAUAAUUAUUAGUUGCAAAAAUAAUGUUUCAUUGUAAAUGACAUGAUAUCAGAGAUGUGGUGAUUUACUUUGCACUCAGUGUUAGUCAGGAACCCUAUAAAUCUAUAAAUGAUUUAUAAUGCAAUUCAUUUCAAACUGAAUGAGUAUUAACCACUAUAAACUACAGCUACAACAAAGCACACUGGGUCUGCAUCUCUUUCACCCUAAAACCAUUAAGAGAGUUUCAUGUGUGCAUGUUAAAAAUUCCAUGGCAUGUUAACCUUAUAGAAAUCUCUGCAAAAAGUGCUUCAUCUUAUUCCUGCCAUUGUCCAGUGGCAAAAUUUCUCUAGCUGGCUAUAAAAUUUGGGUUUUUUUUAAUUUUGUUUUUGUUUUAAAGCUACCAUUGGAAUAAAAUCAGUGAUUUUAAUCAUUAUGCCCACAGAUGUCUCCAUUGACCUUCCAUAGACUUCCCUCCUCACCUGACUUAAAAAUGGGAGGCUAGCAUUUUCAGAGUGCCAGCUUCUAGCUGUCUUCAAUCAUAGUUCUGCUUUUAUUAAAAAAAAUAACAGGGAACGUCUGCUUGCCUACUAAGAAUAUACUUAGGUAAAUGAGAUGGUAAAGGUCCUGGGAAUAUAUAUGCAUUUGCAAUCUGGUAGCUGGACAAUUUCUGUCUGGCUGCAUCCAUCAUGGCAGCCAUUUUGUGAAUAGGCAUUUCUGUCAAUAUUUUUUUUCUGAAUGAGGUACUUAAAAGUCCAAAAAUAUAUCCCCCAGUCUUAACAACUUAAGCAUCUUUGAAGGAGUCAAGAACUCUAAAGUGAAGCCCUAGAUCUUGUAUGUAUGUAUAGGUACAAAAGGGCAGGGUAUUGAUGUGAUUGCACACUUUCCCUCUUGCCAAUUUUGAUCCUCUAACAAGAAUCUAAAAUAAGGCUUCUUAUUCUUAACUGCUAAGUUAGGAUAGGUGCUUAGAAACGUGCUUGCUUCUAACAAGACGUAUUUAAUAAACUGGCUGUGAAGCAGAAGAGGUGACAAAGUAUACAUUGCUAGGAGUCCUUACAAGGAGAAGCACGUAUCUUUACUAGUAACCUGAACACAUUCUGCUUAAUAAUUGUACUUUUAUUCUUUCAGGCAGCCAGACAUAAAAGUAUAUUGAGUCAAUUCAGGAGGCAAAGGCUUUUGUUUCCACCCAAUACUUCUCUUACUGCAAAAUAUUAAUUCACCACCCUUAUUGAUAGUCCCAAAGGUAGCAUUUGAUUUGACCUGGGAUUAUCAGUCUUUUGGUGUCAGUUCAUAACAUAACUGAAUACACCUCCAAUCUCCUGCAUCAUAUUUGCAUUUUUUAAUGGGCAGGGGUAUUCAGAACAUGUCACUGAUAGCAAAAAAAUGGAACAAGCUAUUGAUGUUUGUUCUGAAAAGUAUGGAUUAGUCCAGAUUUACAGAGCCAUUUUUUAACUGACAUAGAUACCCAAUGUAUGGCCCCCUUAAAUAAAAAGUUCUGCAAUUACUUUUGGUCAUGGUUUUAUUGCAAAGAACAGUUAUUUCAAGAGAAAAUAUUAGGUGAAUGGGGUAAUUGAAAAAAGAAAACCUGAGUCAAAUGUCUUAAUAUUUAAUAUAUAUCUAUAAUCUAUAUACUGUAUAUGGUAGUGAUUCACUGAACAAAAAGAUAAUUCCCAGGGGGAAAAAUUGUAUAAGAAUUUGUUAUCUGAAAUUGAUGGAUCCUUUUGAAAUUGUACCUUUAAAAAAGAGUUUAUUUUAAAUUCUGUUUUUUUUUUCCACAUUUUUCCAGGUAGAUUAAUAAAUCUGGCAGCUGAUUUCUGAAA